CAUGUUUGACGGAUGCGCCAAACUACCAAAUCCCAUUCCCAUUUCCCAUUCCCAUUCCUUGUUCCAAAGUCCAAACCACAAACCGGAAAACAAAAAGCGUGCCUCGCAACCAUGGGACUUUUCCAACGCGUUGAGAUGAGAUAGCUCGAUACCAGCAACUUUCUUCCAAAACCUCUGCACUCUGUCGAUUACUGACCGUUGAGCUGUGCCGUCGCCUUUUGUGGGGUGCGAUACGCAUUUCAACAAUUUGGUUAUCUGCAAAUUCUGCAUCAAAAUCUCAGUGGGCGCUCGCUCUGUGAAGGUAAAAGCGUGUUUCUAAUUCUCCGGUCCAAAAGAUUAAACGUGUUGCGUUUAUUCAAAACAGUAGUCUACUCCUCGUUUCUGUUUGCCCGUAAAAAUUCGAGUGCCGUGUGCACUUCCGCCGACCGGCUCUUGGUCACGUGACUGAGCAGUGGGGGUGUAGAUGGGCCGGCUGAAGUUGCAGCUGUCACGUGAGUCAGCAGUAAAUUUUGCUGGGUCCGUAUCUGAUGCAUUUCUGCUGCGGUUGUUGGAGUUCUCUUGGCUUAGCUUGUGUUGCGUCAUUUCUGUCCGUUGGAUCGUAGUGCGUUGCUCAUCAUAUUUAUGAUGGGCCCUUUGGAUGUUAAAUUAUUUCUUGCUGACGUGAGAGCUGGUAUACGUAUGGUUAAAAAGAUAGAUGCUUGUAGUCCGUAUGAGAUGAGGAUGGACUCGUGACCUUUUGGUCAUGAAUUUAAACUCUGACGCAUCAGGGUUUUGUCUAUCACACCAUGUUAUUCGGUUUGGCUAAUGUGACUUAUAGAUAUAAUUUAUAGGGCUCACGUACUAUAAAGAAAAAAUAUAAUGUGAGGUGUUCAGCCUCGAGGAACCCAUUGUUUGUGAAACUUGAAUAAGCAACAACUUCAUGUGCGUGUGUGUUAAGUACAAUAUCUGAUUUAUGGGGGCGGGUGGGUCGAUCGGUUCUUCAUACGUGGCGUACUUCAAUUGCAUGUUGGACGUUUCGUGUCUGGUGUUGCUCCUCCUUGUGUAUGUGCGUGUGUGUUUUAUGUGGUUAGUUUGGACUUUUUAGAUGCACGGUGCUUUCCUUUGCAACACUUGGCAUCAAUAUAUGAUUGCUACGUGUGUUUAAUUAAGCGAUUUUCAUAUUAUAAAUUAACCAACGGGCCUGUCAAUCUUAUAUUUUGUUGAUUGAUCCAUGAUAACAUGAGGAUUUCUGGGACGGAUGAUUUGGAGAUAUUGAGGAGUUUGAAUAUAACCAUAUAUAUAUUGUAUUGAGUAAGGAUGUAUGAAUAAAAUACUGGGCUAGAACUCAGCCAAUAUAUGUUUGUGGCUGCGCAAGGACAAGUAGUUAAAGAAUUUGCGCACAAGUAGUUAAAGAAUUUGUUUUUGUCAAACAUUGUGCCUUCACUUCAAUUACCAAAUCGCCCAUUUGUUCAUCAUCCCAGUUAGGCUUUGGCAGGCACAUUCCCAGAUUCUUGAUCUCAUCGUCUACCCCACACCAGAAUGUCCUCAUCUUCUUCUUUAUGCUAAUUUUGUCAUUAGCCGACAGGGGCCCCUCGCACUUUAUGCCCUUUCUCCAACUAGAUACACUACUGAUCUAUUUAUGCACAGUGCAUCUCCCUCCCUCUUCGUUUUCCUUUCCUGCCGUUUGAGAGCCCACUUUUGCCAGCAUCCCGAGAAAAAUUUCUCUCGCAACUUUAACCCCCUCGAUCCAUGAGAUAAAAUUAAAGCGCCUACUAGCUUUUCGUUCUUUUGUUGGUACUCAGUCGCUGUGCUCGCUCAUCAUCGCCCCGCAACAAUACUACAUUAUAUUGCAUUCUUUGCAGCUUUUUGGCUUUCCUAAGUUCAGAUGGACUCCACAGUGGCUACGCCGCGGAAGAGCCGCCUGGCUCGGGCAUUCGCCAAGGUCAUGCAUAUCAGGGCUGUGACGGGUGCUGCAUCGGAGCGUGGUGUCUUCCGGCCGACAGAUAAGCAGAAGACUGCGUCCAAGAAAGCCAAAGAUGAGGAGGGUCUGGUGUGUAGUACUAGGGCCCGCCGGGAAGCCUUUCUUGCCAAGUUGUUUGCUAGCAUAUCGACGGUGAAGGCAGCGUAUGCACAGCUGCAGUUCUCGCAGUCUCCGUACGAUGGCGAAGGAAUCCAGAUAGCAGAUGAAGCAAUUGUCUCGGAGCUCAAAAGCCUGUCUGAAUUGAAGCAAGCAUACCUAAAAAACAACCUCCUCGACGACAAGACACCUCCUCCGGGCACGGCGCUGCUGCUGUCUGAAAUUCGGGAGCAGAAGAGUCUCCUCAAGACAUACCAGGUCACCGGGAAGAAGCUGGAGUUCGAGCUCCGGCUCAAAGACUCAGAAAUAACCUUUCUUAAGGAGAAAUUAGCGGAAGCCGUUGGCGAAAACAGAUUGCUUGAGCGGAGAGCGAACUUGUGCGCACCGGCCCACUCUGUGACUGAGACUGGGACUGGGACCGGGACUGUGCCCGACCCCGCUAGCCGACGACGACGACCAUUCCAUUCCCAGUCCCAUAGGCAUUCCCACCUUAUCAGCAGCAGCCCCUCCCACUUCAUCAUGUAUCAUAAACUUGCAGUGAAAUCAAUACGAGCCUUUGUGCGUAUGCUGGUCGCAGAAAUCCAGGAGUCCACCGACUGGGAUUUGGAAGCCGCGGCGAGGUCGAUUGUGCCCGGGACCCCAUUUUGGAAAUCAAGCCACAUUUGUUUUGCAUUCGAGUCGUUCGUGUGCCAGCACAUGUUCGACGGAUUCGGCUGCCCGAUGGAAUCAAUUUCCCCUCCCCAGUUGCUGCGACAUCAUCUCUUUGACUACUGGUUCAUGGAAAUGGCGUCCGUGCGUGAUGGCCACCUCGGUGCCUGGAAGCCCGGCACGGCGUUCGCACAGUUUUGCCGGAGCAAGUACCUGAGGCUCGUGCAUUCGAAGAUGGAAGCAGCAAUCUUCGGCAACUUGGACCAGAGGAACAUGGUGAGCUCGGGAGGAGAGAUGCCCGAUACGCCGUUCGUGAAUGCGUUCAUCGAGAUGGCGAAGGACGUGUGGUUGUUGCAUUGCCUGGCCUUAUCUUUUGAUCCGACGGUGGAGAUCUUCCAGGUGAAGAAAGGGGUCCGAUUCUCCGAGGUCUACAUGGAGAGCUUGAGCGAGGAAGCCUUGGAUGCAAGCACUACAAGCAGCCGCGGCGAUGCCAAUCCAUGCGUGGCGUUUGUGGUGGCCCCCGGGUUCCGUAUAGGUGCUACUAUUGUUGUUCAAUGUCAAGUGUAUUUGAGAUAGACUGUUGUGUUGUUGUGUACUUAUUAUAAAUUCUUGUUGCCUUUCGAUACCAGUCUGCCGGGUCGUGGAGUUCUUUUAUUUUUUAAUGGCAUUUUAUGUAUAGAUUGGCCUUGAAGUUGUGACAAAUAAAAUAAAAAAGACAUUCAAAGUU